AUGGAAACCCCAAACACGCGAUCGAGGCGGAAGCGCGAGUUGAACGAUGAGGAUGAAGGCGGGACGGUCAGGUGGAUGCAGGAUACCAAGAUGAAGCGGAUGAUGAUGGCAGAUAAACCGAUCCCAAUCCCCUCCCCUACGCAAAGACCAGUCUUUCGGACCACAACACGCGACUCUUCUGAACCCAACGCUGCCGGUCCAUCUACCCGACCCGCCCGGAAACGGCCCUUCCGCGCCCAGCGCUCCCUCCCCUCACAACUCUCCAAUCUCGCCAGCCCCGCCGACCGCGCCGCGGCUCAACGGUCCGCCAGCAUGCCAAACAAAGAAGCGGGGGAUGGGGGUGUCCUGGACGAUCUGCUCGAUCGGGCGUUCAAGACGUUCUCGGUGCAGCUACAGCCUAAAGUAGCGACAGGCGGGCGGCGGUCUUUGCCGAAUCCGGGACAGCCGGGAGAGGCGCGGUCGGGGGCGUUCGAACGGCAACUGUCGGGAGGGAGUGGGAGUUCGAGCUCUGCCUCGGCAUCAGCGCUGGGGUCAGGCUCGGGCUCGCGAAUACCUCCAGCUCCGGUACAGAUGGCAAGGACACGGUCGCCCGAGGAGGUCGCUCGGCCAGCUAUCGUACCCACCCGCAAAGUCCUCAACGAGCAGCCCAUCAAGGCGAACAAUACCCGCCCCCGUCCUGCCCCUCCACCGUCUACCAAACCCACUCCUUUCCCCCAUCCUCAACAACACGCUUUGGCUCCGACCACUAAAUCACCACCUACCGGCGCAACUCCUGGUAAACGGCCAACCCUUUCCCAAACAGCUCGCACCGGACCGCGCGUCGGACUCUCCUCCCGUCCCGCUCAUAUCACAUCAAACCCCAAAUUGUCUACCACAACUACCUCCACCACCUCCCGGCCGCUUGCACCCACGCGCUCGGGCUUCAAACCUCCCUUCCUGCAACAACCCGCCAUCCGGUGCAGUCCCCGCGGCCAGGCCAAAUUUGCCGUUCCGGCGCCACAGCAGACGCCCUCCAAAACGCGGGCCGGUGCAGCCGUGCUCGCUCGGUCAAAUCUCGCGCCACCACUCCAGGCGGACGAGCCGACGAGAAACGCCCCUUCGUCGGACUCGGCGGGCGACGAGAGCUUUGAUAGCUUUGAUGGCAUGUUUCAGGCGGGAGGGGAGGAUGUUGAGGCGUUGAUGAGGGCGACGGAUGGGAGGUAG